CGCGGCCACCCGGAAACGGAAGUCCCGGGGUUUCCAUGGCGGCGGUAAUGGUGGCCGAGGCUCCCGUGCUCUGGCGGCGAUUGCUGGAUUAUUUGCCCCGGGGGAGACCUGUUUUGGCGGCGCUGCUUGGCCGGCUCUCGGACCGACUGACCCGGGGCCGCGAACGCCGGGCCCGCCGGUCAUCAUGGCUGUUGCUGGCACCACUUCUUUCUCCUCAGCUAACGGUCCCAACUUCAGGCCUUUGUUCUGAGAAAUCACACAGGUUUCAGUGGAUCAGAAACUUUGUCCCGGAGUUUGGGGUUCCCAGCUCUAGUGUCAAAGUGAUUUCGUCCCCCACAGAAUUCUACAAACUUCUAAAGGAACAAAUAAAGAUGGCCAAGGAGCGAGUAGUAUUAGCUUCACUCUACUUGGGAACAGGACCCCUGGAACAGGAACUAGUGGAUUGCAUCGAAAUGACUUUGGAGAGAUCCUUGCAGGAAUCUGAACUUUCCAGUCUUAGAGUGUCCAUUCUUUUGGACUUCACAAGGGGAUCUCGGGGUCAGAAAAACUCUCGGACCAUGCUCCUUCCACUCCUGAAGAGAUUUCCAGAGCAGGUCCGUGUGUCCCUCUUCCAUACUCCUAAUCUGCGUGGUCUCCUACGACUCCUGGUCCCUGAACGUUUCAAUGAGACCAUUGGAUUGCAACAUAUCAAGGUCUAUCUAUUUGAUGAUAACGUGAUCUUGAGUGGGGCCAACUUGAGUGAUUCCUACUUUACCAAUCGUCAAGACCGUUAUGUGUUUUUGCAAAACUCUCCUGAGAUUGCAGAUUUCUUUACUGAGCUUGUUGAUGCUGUCGGGGAUGUGUCCUUGCAGUUACAGCAGGAUAAUACAGUCAAGAUGGUGGAUGGCAUGGUACAUCCUUAUCAAGGAGACAAGGUGGCCUAUUGUGAAGCAGCAAAUAGGAGAGUGAUGGAAGUGAUCAACUCUGCAAAGACAAGACAAAAACUGCUCCACACUCAGACUUCCCACAGGAGCCAUACAGAAGGAGAAAUCCCAUUGUUUGCAGAUCCCAAGGUCGUUGGUGAUAGGCAACCAGAACCAGACACAUGGAUUUAUCCACUAAUACAGAUGAAACCUUUUGGAAUUCAAAUUGAUGAGAUUGUCACGCAGACCCUCCUUAUGGAAGCAGAGCUGGGUGCCAGUAUAUAUCUCACCACAGGCUACUUCAAUCUCACACAAGCCUAUAUGGACCUGAUUCUAGGCACAAGGGCUAAUUACCAGAUCCUUUUAGCCUCCCCAGAGGUGAAUGGGUUCUUUGAGGCCAAAGGGUUAGCUGGUGCCAUCCCUGCUGCCUAUGUUUACAUUGAACGUCAGUUCUUCAGCGAGGUGUGCUCUGUAGGUCAGCAAGACAGAGUCCAGCUGCAGGAAUAUUCUAGGAGCGGGUGGACAUUCCAUGCCAAAGGCCUCUGGUUGUACCUGGCAGGAAGCAGUCUGCCCUGCUUAACUCUGAUUGGCUCUCCUAAUUUUGGGUACAGGUCAGUUCAUCGGGACCUGGAAGCACAAGUGGCGAUAGUGACAGAAAACAAAGCCCUGCAGCAGCAGUUCGAUCAGGAGCAGAAACAACUCUACUUGCGUUCUGGCACUGUGUCUGCCUUGACUUUUGAGCAGCCCAAUCGCUAUAUCAAGCUGUGGGUAAAGAUGUUGACACCUCUGAUUAAGAAUUUCUUCUAGAAAAGAAAAGAAAGAAAGAAAGGCUGGUCCUUUGGGGAUGGCUUUGAUGAAGAUGACUGGCAUCGAGGGGGUCAGCUCCUUCAGGCGUGCAUCGCUGAUGACCCCAGUCUGAAUAUCCCACCGCGCACCUGCAGUGAGAAAAGACGGAACUCUCCUGAUCAACUAAAGAAGGGCUUCCCUGGUAGCGAGCCCUGAGGGAGCCCAGCACGUCAACCGACCUGUCAUUAGCAGCAUGGAUAAAGGCUACAUGCCUUGGCUUGGGUGGGCCUGUGGUGCCACUUGAGGCCACUUCUAGCCAUUUGUGCAUGCAUUUUGCAAGUGUUACAGAUAGGAUUUUAGAAGAUGGAUUCUGACUGCGCCCUGAGCCUACAGCAGUGUUGUUUUGCUGUGGAAAGCCAUGUACUCUUCCACCCACCAGUUAAUUUAUUUAGCCUUAGCAAUAUAAAGCCCAGCCCUGCUUAGUUGACCGAUAGAGUCCCUUCCAGCUCUCCUUAAAAUAAUAGCUACUAGGGAAAAGGUCAUUGUAGAUAUUACAUUCCCAACCUAAAAACUAGGAGUAUUUUAAUAAAGGUAAUUAUGCAGUUACUUCUCUUACUGUUCAAAAAUUCCCAUCAGUGUGAUGAUAAUAAAAUGGACAUUUGCUGCCCCCUGCUGACAUGCUCUAAUACUAUGAAAUAAACAAGGCAGCUAGCCAAACUCUACUUUC